AUGGAACCUAUAGGAUCAAAGAAUUUACCAAGUUUUAAAACGAAGGCUUUUUCACAAGAUGCACCAAUCAAUCAAAACAAUCCAAACUGGGAUGCGUACCGCCAGACUCUUGCUCGAAUGAAAAGUGUCCGAAGCCAUUCAACUCACUGGCGUGCAACAUGCAGUUUCAAUCGACCGGAUUUCCAAAACCUCCGGAAAUCGAUCUACUACAGAGAUUACUUGAGAGGCAAGUUCAGUAGUUUCGACAUCAUGAAUUUUGUUGGUUCAGGCCAGUGCAAACCAGUAGAGUAUGUGAACAUCCGUGGACACGUGGCUGGAGGUGCCGGUGCCACAGCUAAGUUUUGGCAGGCAUCUAACACUUGGAUCAUUCACAUCGAUAGCGGUGCCACUGGCUGUACUUUCGUACCUGUUGUAGGGGCUGUAUCAAGUGAAGACAACUUUGGUUUCUACGACAAAGUCAACAACAGAUUCCGAUGUAUCGCAGCAGCCGCAGGAACCGAGGCGACGACCCAAUGGUGGUUUGGCGGAUACAUGUCUAAU